CGUAUUCAGAAGAUCUCAACAUCGUUUCUUCUCCAUCUCUGCCUCUUGGAUGUACAUUUUUGGACGCAUUAAAGACGCCAGUCAUGAACAUCACUUCUGCAGACGUGACUAAAAACUGCAGCGCAAUUCGGGAGCCAUUCAAGGUGGAAAUGAGCAACAUGUCGACUGAGAGAGGAGAAGAGAAUCAACGUCCGCAGCUCUCCCCCUGAUCCAGCAGCAGUGGCUGAGGGGGAACUUUGUCAGUGGGAGUUAACCCACGACUGACCAACAAUUCAACGCCUGUCCGUGGUGCUGCGCCGUCCGGAACACGGUCUGAAGUGGUCCAUAUCACAGUUUCAUGAAAACGCUUGUGCAGGUACUGCAGCCUGCUCAUUCAGAAGCCCGACGAAUUUGUAAACUGGAGAUGAGAAUAACGGGACGGUAAGGCACUUGGAUGAGCAGCACUCGACAUCAUCUGUCCCCGUGUGCACGUCUCCUCAGCGGAUAGGCGAGACGUACGUGAUUUGGACAGAUUUACGCACGGGUGGCGCAGAAGUGAAGACGGUCUUCAGUGGACACAGGUCCAUUGUACACUUGUACCAAUGCACGGAGGAAAACAUAAGGAAACAUAAGAAUUUGACCUUUUCCCAACGACAGAGAGCCUUUUUAAGGAUAUUCGCUGGAUUUUUUUUUAUAUUUGGUGUUGCGCAGGAUUUUCAUCUUGUAGAAAGAGCCCCUCGGUGAGAAUAUUCUGUUAGUUCUCAAUGACUUAACAGUUGUUCACAAUAGAGACUUUUUCUGCGCAUCCACAAAUCUUACAGGAGUCGGAAAAUCAUCAUCUCUAAACCUACACUGAGAUGUGAGAUGUAAUCUAACCCCAUCCAGUGUGACUGACGGCGAUGAAGUAAUAGAGACUUGGUGGAAGUUACAGUUCCAAUUAAAGAAAAGGACGCUGAUCCACUCUGCAAAGGCUUUUUUUUAGGCUGCACCUUAUGAUUCGUCUUGUGCACCAUUUUGUGGGGCGAUGUCGUCGCAUUAUAUCUUAUAUGCAUGCUCAGCAGUGAAUAAAUAACAAGUGUGCACGUCCACAUUGCCCUAACUCGGGAGAAAACGGAGGGCAUUAGUGGGUCGCUCAGUUCCAGCGAUGGCACUUGUGGGUCUCUCCACGCCAAGAGUCUUGUGGAAAAAGGCGAUGUCGGAUAUAUCACCAUCAUUUUGAGAGUUAUCGUCACAUCUGGACUAAUGGAUGGAUUGCUGGUUUUUAUGUGAGUGGCGUUAAAUAGCCUCGGAUUGUGCAGGAUCGCCUGAGAAUUGCGGAUCUUUUUGUGUUUGUGUUCACAAGACGCCACGUUCUCAAUCAGAAACACAUACCCAGAAGGGAUUGCUGACUACUGAACAAAGCCUGUGUUAUGUUGGAUUGGAGGCUUAAAUGAGAAUGACCUGAACCCUUCUGUACUAUAACUCACGUGGCAGUUGGCCCAAUCAUCUUUCCAAAGAGCGGAAGACCAGCCGGUGAAUUAUGAAUGUUAAACAAGAUGACCUCCUCUCAGCAGCAGCAGAUGAUGCGAGGUCCUAGGUGGAACCGGGCCUUGUCCGACCCUUUGUUUGUACUGCUCCUGGCCCUACAGCUGUUGGUGGUUGCGGGUCUGGUACGUGCUCAGACGUGCCCCUCUGUCUGCUCCUGUAGUAAUCAGUUCAGCAAAGUCAUCUGCACACGGAGGGGCUUGCGAGAGGUCCCUGAUGGCAUUUCGACCAACACACGCUACCUAAAUCUGCAAGAAAAUUUGAUACAGGUCAUUAAAGUGGACAGCUUCAAGCACCUAAGACAUUUGGAGAUCCUGCAGCUGAGUAAAAACCACAUACGCAAAAUUGAGCUUGGAGCCUUCAAUGGACUUGCUAGCCUCAAUACCCUGGAGCUUUUUGACAACCGCCUCACCACGAUCCCAAAUGGGGCAUUUGAGUACCUGUCCAAACUAAAGGAGCUUUGGUUGAGGAAUAACCCCAUAGAGAGCAUUCCCUCCUAUGCUUUCAACAGGGUGCCCUCAUUACGACGGUUGGACCUUGGGGAGCUUAAAAGGCUCUCCUACAUAUCUGAGGGGGCCUUUGAAGGGCUGAGCAAUCUUCGCUACUUAAAUCUGGGAAUGUGCAAUCUGAAGGAAAUCCCCAACCUUAUUCCUCUGGUGAAGCUGGAUGAACUGGAGAUGUCAGGGAACCAGCUAUCUGUCAUCCGUCCUGGCUCUUUUAAAGGGCUCAUCCAUCUGCAGAAGUUAUGGAUGAUGCAUGCGCAGAUUCAGACUAUAGAGAGGAACUCAUUUGAUGACCUCCAAUCACUAGUGGAGCUUAAUUUAGCCCACAACAACCUUACCCUCUUACCCCAUGAUCUUUUCACUCCUUUGCAUCAUCUGGAGAGGGUGCAUUUGCACCACAACCCAUGGAAUUGUAACUGUGACAUCCUCUGGUUGAGCUGGUGGCUUAAGGAGAUGGUACCAGCAAACACUAGCUGUUGUGCCCGCUGUAGCUCACCAUCUCACCACAAAGGGCGCUACAUCGGCGAACUGGAUCAGAACUACUUUCACUGUUACGCUCCUGUUAUUGUGGAGCCCCCUGCUGACCUAAAUGUGACAGAGGGGAGCGCUGCAGAAUUGAAAUGUCGAGCCAGCUCUUUGACCUCGGUGAGUUGGAUUACACCCAAUGGUUCCAUCAUGACACACGGUGCAUACAAGGUCAGAAUCUCAGUCCUGACUGACGGCACUCUGAACUUCACCAAUGUUACCAUGCAGGACACUGGUACGUAUACAUGCAUGGUCAGUAAUUCAGCUGGCAACACAACAGCAUCUGCCACACUCAACGUGUCCUCCACUGAGAACAGCAGCUUCAGCUACUUCACCACAGUGACGGUAGAGACGAUAGAAACGCCACAUCACGAAGACUUCACCACAAUUGUGCAACAGAAGGUGGGCCCUACUCCAUCUGCUCGAACAUGGAAGUCUGUUUCACCCAUCUCUACAACUACCACCACAGUCCAGACCCCUCUUUCUACUCGUGCCACAGAGAAAACCUAUACGGUCCCCGUUACUGAAUUUGGUGGGGAAGGCUCACUGAAUGGCUUGGAUGAGGUCAUGAAGACAACCAAGAUCAUCAUUGGCUGCUUUGUCGCAAUCACACUCAUGGCAGCUGUGAUGCUCAUCAUCUUCUACAAGAUGCGCAAACAGCACCACCAGCAGAACCACCAUGCGCCCACUCGCACCAUUGAGAUCAUCAAUGUGGACGAGGACUGUGUAACAGGAGGACCAGGCAUGGAGAGCCACCUGACUUUGCCUCCUCUUGAACAUGAGCACCUCAACCAUUACAACACAUAUAAAACUGCAUACAACCAUGCCUCCACUAUCAACUCCAUACACAGCUCAGCGCAUGAACCUUUGUUAAUCCGGGCCAGCUCAAAAGACAAUGUACAAGAGACCCAAAUCUGAACUUUUUUUUUUGCCCAUGUAAUGAAAUUACAUCAAGACUUUCCUGUCAGUAUAUGUUUAAAUUUGGUUUUGAGGAGGUGGCUCAAACACAAGAUGAAUCACCGUGUGUUUGAAAAUUCAAUGGUUGGUGAUGUUUAUUCAAUGACUUUGGUAAUUAGGGUAUGUCUGUUACAAAAAGUGUCUUUACAAAACAAAAGUUAUUUAUUUAAGAAAAAACAUUGUUGUUAAAUCAAGAAAAACACUUGUAUUCUACAAUUUUUUUUUUCACCACUUAAUUGAUGUUUUUUUCUUCCUUUUUCUCAUGUUGGUUGACUGAAAUGAAUUAAGAAAAUCUUUAUAUCUAGUAAACUCUUUCUUUACUUUGUUUUCCCAACGAAUCUAGGGCAGAUCUGAUUUUUUUUUUUCUCCAGCUGUGGAGUAAGUAAUCAGGUAUUAUAUGACCACCUUGAAAUUCAUGAAUCACAUUCAUUGUAUGAAGUACACAUUUGUCAUUAUUUGACUUCAGCAGAAUUUUCAGCAACGAUAUUUGAUCACAUUACUGUAUCAAAGAAAUAAUAUCUCCCCCAUUUUGCUGUUGUAAAACUUGACGAUAACUAGAAUAUUAAGAAUUACACUGUAAUUGUAAAAAAAAAAAAAGUCUUAAAACGAGAAGUCUAUGCAUAUAAUUUGCAUAAAUUGGCAAUUUGUUUUUCUCAAGUGUCCAGCUUCCGAGCGUUCUUGUUUGUAUUUAUUUAUAUUUUACUAUGUUACACCAAUUACAAUAAACCCACUAAGACCUUGAUGGGAAAGAGGCAAAGGUCACCCAUGUCACCCAUUUGCUACCCAUACUUACAUCCAUAAUUUGUAGUUCCAUGUUUUUCUGCAGGUUCCAGACUACCUUUUUCAAGCACGUACCCGUUACCUGAUCAACAGAGCUGCAGGACUGCAUGCUGUCAGAGGUAGACUAGUGAGCUUAAACCCUUUAUACAGCUGUCUGAGCACAUUGGCUGUAAUCUGCGUGCCACAUUUCCACAUAGGCAGUACCUGGCAGCCCCACAUCCACCCUGCCCCUGCCAGCAACACAACUUGGCCGUGAGCAGCAGGUUUUGUGGCUUUAGAAGGCGGGGUGUGGGGGAGCGGGCACCAACCAGAUGUUUGUGCUGUACCUGCCUUACUCCCCCAGCUCCAUUUACAUUUUAAUUGAUGUGCUCAUGGGCACAGAUCUGUAAGGGCCCAUUCCCUGGAAACAAUUACAAAGAGCUCACCAUGAAAAAUAAUGCCAACUAUCAUAAACAGGGAUAAAUUCGGUCAAGCCCAACAUUUACGCAAAAGUACUUUAAAUCUUGUUUUCUAGAAAGAAUUAUGGAUGUUUUUCCCCUUUCUAUUGAGAUUAAUUCAGUUGUGUUACUUUAUUAAACACUAUUCUAAGAGCAGAAAUAUAUAACUUUGCUUGUAGUAUUAUCUGUCCUCUCUGGAUUAUUAAAGUGUAAAUGUGAAUUACUUCAACAAAAUACAGCUCCUCAAAGUAAGCUCAAGUUUUGUUACUUGCACAGUUGCUUUAAUCGAAAGCACUGAUGUGUGACACUGAAGACGAAAUGAAUCACGGUCUGACCCAUCAAAGCAGUCAAUUGAGUGAAAAUGCAAACGUAUUAUUUUAUUUACUGUAAUUUAUUUACAUGGAUGAACAUACAAUGUAGAUUCUGAAAACUUGGUCAAACAUAAAAGGUGUUGUAUUUUGAAUAAAUCUUAAUGCGAAACAGUAAUCCCUUGCUAUUUCACGUUUUGAAUUUUGCGGCUUCCUUCCAUCACUGUUUUUCAAAAAUUAAUUAAUUAAUUAAUUAAUUAAUCAUUGCUGUUUCAUGGUCGAAUAUGGCCUCUUAUUCAUCACAAAUAUGCAUAUAUGCACAUUUAAGCACAUUUUCCGUAUUUUUGCCGAAAUUAACCACUUUCAAGCAUAAAAAUGGCUAAAUGAACUAAAAUACAAAUAUAAGGCAUUCAGAAGACGCAUUGAGAGAGAUAGAGGUGAUAUGUAGUAUUCUAAAGAGGUCAUGAGGUGUCAGUAAUGUUACAUUGAUGAAGCAAUAGCCACGGCAUGAAGUAUUGUCCUGAACAGGAAGUAAAAAAAGAACAAGAAGGAAGUCUCCCACUGCUAACAUGUGUGAAUCUAUAUUAUGUGUAAUAAUAAUGGGUAAUAGGAAGUAAAGGUGACUAUAAGGGUGUUAUUUCAUGUCUAGACGGCUCUAAUAAUGUUAAAAAAAAGGUAUUUAGAAGGUCAUAAUCACGGGUUUUGUGUGAUCUAACUACGAAAUUAUUCCAUUAUAAAUAAGGAAUCCUACUUGGCGGGAAAUUCUUUUCUCACGGUUGAGUCUGAAACCAAUUAACCACAUUAAACAAUUUACUGUACUGUAUAUCCUUUCCACUGGGACUUGAUCAUACUCAAAAAUUAACACCCACAAACAUCUAACAUUUCUUUUACAUAAAGGUAGAGCACAACUGAGCAUUUAGCGUAACACCUGUAAUACAUUUAAUUAUGACAACUGAUUAGAAACAUUCCAUAUCAUUUGGUGGAACUUACUGACCAGUACAAAACUUCCAGGCUCACAAGAAAGAUCCUUAAAGAUACAGACAUUAAGUUGUUGCAAAAAUUAAUUAGUGCUAUUUCUCAAUAAGUUAUAAACCAAAUUACAACUGUAUAUUAGAAGUUCAAAUGAUAAAAACCCAACACAAUGGAAACAAGAGCAUUUAAAACCCUUCACUUGCAACAUUUAAAACCUUUCAUUUGCAAGGUUAUAUAUAUAUAUAAUAUAUAUAUAUAAUGGUCUUACUGCUUCCAGGGAUAUGGAAGCAGCAGUGAUGAUUAUGAGCACUUUGCCAGGAGCUAAUGAGUCUACCCAGCAUGCCCACUGUUUGUAUAAAUAGUGUCUAGGAUAAUAAUAUUAAUAUUAAGCUGAUAAUACGUUUAGCCAAUUUGAAGGAAACACUAAUAGAUUUGAUGUGAGUGUGCUGCAUAUAAAACAAAUGUCUUCUAUAAAUGCCCAAUUAAUACAUUUCAGGUCCCCAGACAAUUUUGGUCCAAUUAAGCUAGACUAAUGAAUUACCCUAUGUGCUUUCUGACAUCCAAACAUCUUCACAUUGCACUUCUAAUGUUCUAAAUCUGGGAUGGUGAAGUGACAAUUAUAAUCAUUUUUGUCUCUUAAACGUCCCUUACGGUUUUUGGUUGAAGGUGAUUUGUUUGGAAAUUUGAAAGCUCAAUUUCUUACAUUUUAGUCAAGCUCCAUCGUGUAUGUAAGAUACUGAAAUAUUUUGAUCAGCAUUGUUUUCCUUCAUUUUUUGAGAGGAAAUGCAGUUGUAGUGGUAGAUUUAUACAAAAACACAUUUUGAGACUGCAUCAUCGAAAAAGGUCAAUAACAAGUGCUUUGUUGUCUGUUUUGUUUUGUUUUUCCUCGUAUCAACCAGCUGUCUAAAAAAAGAAAUGUGCUGUAAAAGACUAAGAGAUUGAUUUUCAUGUAAGAAUUAUUUCAUGACCUUUAAAAAGAUAUGGAGAUCGAUUAUAGAGACCAGAGUUUGUAGUACAUACACGAAAUAUGGUUAAAAUAAACUUGUUGUUUUUUGUACUGUCUGCUCUUCUGUGUUGUAUCAAUCAAAAAUAAAUGAAAACUUUUUUUUUUUUUCCAGGAGCUUACAGAUAUGAAAUCGGGAUGAAAUCAAAAGUCACGUUGUGGAUGUUUUAAACAUCAAUGUUGGUUGUUUCUUGUGUAAGAAAUAGUUGCAUUUGCACCACAAUGUACAUGCUGGAUUAUCUGAUUAGUUUUUUUUAUAUGAACAGCAAGAUAAAUACAGCGGAACCUCCAAAACUGGAGACCAUAAUGGU